AUGACGAGCUUCCAAUUCCAGGAACACCUCGGUGCAUUGAAAGACAAAAUCGUGAUUCUGACCGGCGGAGCCAACGGCAUCGGCGCCGCCACCGUGCGCUUCCUCGCCGAAAAAGGGGCCUAUAUCUGUUCCGCCGACCAAGAUGCCGUCGGCGGCCAAGCUGUAGUAGACCAAGUCGUGUCGAAAUAUCCAGCAUCAGGCAAACCUCGCGCUUGCUUUAAACAGACAGAUGUCACUUCAUACGAGUCCUUGCUCGCGCUGUUUGAUUUCUGUAUGCAGACGUAUGGACGUAUUGAUUCUGCCGUCUCGUGUGCGGGAAUCAUCGAGGUGGGCAAUUGGUUUAAUCCGGAGUUGACCUUGGAGACGGUGAGACAGGUCCCACCCAAAAAGACCUUGGACGUCAAUUUAUUGGGCUCGUUGUAUUUCUCCCGUAUUGCUGUCGUGUAUCUCAAACAAGGCAGCAAACCUUCGGAUGACAAGUCUUUGACUCUGAUUUCCUCGCUGGCCGGGUUUAAGGACACCCCUGGAAUGCCACUCUAUCAGGCCUCGAAACACGGAAUCCUCGGUCUCUUACGUUGUCUGAGACCAGUCCUUCCUGAAUCCAAUGGUGUUAGAGUCAAUGCCGUGUGUCCAUGGUACGUCGCCACGGGCAUGACGAGUUUGAUUGAGGACAAGUGGCUGGAAGCAGGCCUGCCCGUGAACCAGCCGGGCGACAUUGCUCAGAUCAUUGCUGGUCUCACUGCAAUUGCCGGACUUAAUGGCAAGGCCAUCUAUGCCGAGGGCGGCCGUGGUUGGGAAAUUGAGGAUAAUUUGAACCGUUUGCAGCCACAGUGGUUGGGUGAGGAGCCUUCGGCGUCUCUUGAAGAAGGGCAGAAGGCGUUGAUGGAAUGGAGUGGGUUGAUGAAGAAUUUGUAG